CGGAGCCUUGUCAAGGAUGAGAAGUGUCUAUGCCGCCAUAUUAUAUUUGUUCCCUAUAAAACGACUCACGCUCGACUGUCUUCGUUCAAGACGACAUUCGAGCUCGCACGUUUCAACUUCGACCAAAACAUAUGUCACUUGGUGACAACUUUACCACGAAUCCAAAGCAUCACUUACCUAUUCAACUUGAUCCAUCAUUGUUGUUAUACAAAAAAUAUCACGCUUCUCAGACAGACUUGACAUUGAACUGCCUUACACAGUCACCACGCUGCCAUCGUCACUCGACCAAGGAAAGAGCCUAUCCGUUAUCUUCUUGAGCAAGUUUUUUGUUACAGCGCCAGAAAAUAUACAACUUGUAUAGAGCAUCGGACAUUCGCCUCACUUGAGAUUGAUCCUGCAACUUAUCAUUUCAGUGCCGCCUUACCAAUCUUCCGGCGCCCAAGAACCAGGGCAGGCACAUACGCCAUGCCUUCAGAUCCAUUUUGCAUCAGCUUUGACGCCACGUUCGACGGGCAUUAUGAGAAGAUAUGCUCAAAUGUCGAGGUUCAAGUAAGCGCCAUCUCAACCCCUGAACGCCUCGAGACACCAGAAGACAGCGAGGACGACACCAGGUAUCUGCUGGUCUCGCCUUAUACAGAGAAGCCACAUCUGCUCGAUCUCGACUCGGUCGAUGUAGAGAACCAACUUUUGGCACAGGCCUUGGUGUAUAUGAACAAUGUCAGGGAUGACUUCCGGACCGCAUCAUAUGAAGAGAGCUUUAACUGGCAAGAAAUCAUCCAACAUCUUGGACGGCUCAACCAGCGUCACGGCCAUGAUUGGAAAGAGACUUCUUUCUAUAUCGUGGCAUUUCGGUCACAAAUCAAACCCGACGCCGACUAUUCCCACUUGGUAGAGCUUGACAGAUACGCUCACGCUGAAGCUACAGCAAGUGGAGGUUUCUUGAAGUACUGGUUUGGCGAAUAUCCUGAUGAGCAGGGGCACAAUCUGGCGACUUGCGUGUGGACAUCAAAGCAACAUGCCCGGCGCGGCAAUGUCGGGCCUGCUCACCGAGAGGCCAUGAAAGCAGCUUCGCUAUACGCCUGGCACGAAUUAGAGCGAUACGAACUGACCGUGCGCGCCGGGGUUGAGAGUUGGAGCUUAACACGGCUCGGUUGA